AUGUCGAACCACCAUAUCGAGGACCUUCCACUUUCUUCUUCAUCCAAACAGAUGACUUCUUCACGACCUCAACACCAAGAAAAGCCGGCCCAGCAAGAGGGAAGUCAGGCUUCCCUCCCCGUUGAAGCUCUGCCAAACAUCUCAGGUGAGCCUGGGAAGGAUAAGCAGGCCCAAGUCCUAUCGCUUAAUGGCCUCCAGAGCUGGGAAGAAAGCUCUGGGGUAAACGUUCGCGAGCUAGGUCAAGCAUAUUAUUGUGUCGACAACUUCGCUGUCUUUCACUCCGCCCUCAGGCCCAUUGACGAUGUACUUGAAUGCCUUGCAAUUGGCUCUGUACCUGUUGACAAGUGUAUUAAAGCGAUUAGAUGGCUCUUAAGCAAGGGAUACGAAGCAAACGAACAGAAGGAUCAAGUUUGGUAUCGGGACAAUCGUCAGUGUGGACAUAUGCCCGAGCUCCUGAUUGACCUCUUGGACAAAGCGUCUGACAUGAUUCGCGUAGAGGGGAUCUAUGAGAUAAUUUCUACACUACACAAGCAUGGAUACGCUCUGCCAUACAACAUGAACCUUCACAGGUAUCACAUCACGCGCAAUGACCAAAAGAGCAAACCAGACCUGAUACGACGUUGGGUGGGAAAGUGGAUGCAUACCCAGUGCUGGUCUCAGAGCACAAACCUCGGCAAUUUGCUCUGGGGUCUAUUCCUCGACAUUGCAGAUCAAUCAACUGGUUGGAAAGAAUCAUAUCAAGGCGAGGCAGCUAGUAUACUCGAGAGAAAGAUCCAGGUCCUUAUCGAGUAUGAGGCUGUUACCUCAAGCGAGGUGGUAGCAUUGCAGAGCAUUGUCGCAGCCUUGCGUGACAAUCCCCUCGAAUUCAAACUCAUUGAUGGGGAAAACGACGGAAAGGAAUACUGGGAGACACUAUGCAACACCCUGCAUCCGUUUUCGAGAGAUGAGAAUUUCCUGGCGAACAAUUUGUUGCUCGGGCUGAAGCGCGAUACAGAACGCCGUCAACGACUUCACUCCUUUAUCGUCGAGGCUGAUUGGAAUCCAUGGAUGGUGUGGCAUGACUACAAGAUGCAAUGUCCGAAGCACAGGGCCAAUCUAUCUCAUCCUUGGAUGAAGCACUGGACAUGGAAGAUGUUCCAGCGGAGAAAUGGAAAAUGGUAUGAUUCUGAGUGGGUUACUUUCGUCGAGGUAAACUACGAUGAGUUUGUGGCUGCUGCUGAGAGCCUAUGGCUGGCGGAGAGGAUCUCGGGCCGUGAAUCGCAGGUGAAAGACGAGACGACGGAGAAUUCGACAGAAGAUGAUUCGCGGUCAGAGAAACUAAUUGAGGAAUUUGAGAGGAGGUGUGCGGAGAUACGAGCCGAACUCCAGCAGAUUGUGGGAGAUUCACAGAGGAAAAGGGAGAUCCAGAAGGAGGUUUGA